UGUUCCUUAGCCUUUGCAUUUUCCCUUGCCACGUAACCGACCGCUUCGCAAAUCUCUUGGGACAGUUCAACGGGAUCCCUACUGAAAAAUGAGCCGGGGAAGGUUUCGCUGGGGAGACACGAUAGAUGAAGAUGAUUUGCUACCCGCCCCCGUAGUUAAGGGUCCUGACGACCAUGGCAUUAAGACGAUGAUCGAGUAUAACAGGAACGAGAAGGGCGAUGCUUUCAAGAAGACCACCAAGGUCAAGGUGGUGACCGUGGAGAAGAAGGUCUACAAGGUUUCAGAGGAGCGGCGUAAAUGGCCCAGGUUCGGGCUGGCUGCGCGGGAGACGCCUCAGGAUUCGGUCACUGUCCAGGCGGUAGAGGAGAUCCCCUUCGAGCGCGUGCGCCAAAUCAAGGCGACGACACAAGAGAAGAAGGCUACGGAUAUUCAGCAAGUUCUUGCAACGGCAGACAAGACCGUCAUCUCUGGCAGCAUUAAGGAGAUGCUGUACAAGAAGCGCAUGGAGCGCGAGCUGCUUCGCGCAAAGGGCCUCCUCAAGGAGGCGGAGAAGCCCCCAGAGGAGGACGGCAAGCCCAGCGGCCCCGGCAUGGGCGCGCCCAAGCCCGGCAGCUACGUUCCUCCCAGCCUGCGGAACCGCGGGCCCGGCGAGGGGGAGAGCAUGCAGAAGAAGCGCGAGGACAACUCCAUUCGUGUCACCAACUUGUCGGAGGAGGUCACGGAAGGCGACCUGCAGGAGCUGUUCCGGCCGUUCGGCCCAGUGUCGCGCAUCUUCCUCGCCAUCGACAAGCAGACGGGAGAGAGCAGGGGCUUUGCCUUCGUCAACUAUGUGCAUAGAGAGGAUGCGGAGCGUGCCAUCCGCAACCUCAACGGCUUCGGCUACGACAACCUCAUUCUGCGUGUGGAGUGGGCCCAGCCGCGUGAGAAGUAAGCGGCGCAGCAGCGACCUAGCCGCAGGGAAGGCGCAGCAGCAACAGCAAAGGCAAAUAUGCUGCAGCUUGGCGCCUUGAAGGGGCUCAUGUGGAUGAAGUGGUAGGCGUGAGCUCAGUAGCUGGUAGGGCCCAGCGGCUCUUAUGCAGCCAGCCAGAGUGUAAGCGCUUCGCUGCGCAAUGCUAGUUGCUUUCCGGCGGGAGCAAGGCUGGACGUUGCAGCUGACCAUCCCCCCAAAACGACGGGCAGGGUUUUGGAGGCUUGAUGGAGGUUUGGAGGGCGCUUGACGUGUGCUGCAGGCCAUGCAUGCAAGCACGGGGGGCCAAGGGUCUAGCUAGGGGUAGUCCGGCUGCUGCGCGCACGCUGGCUAGUUGAAGCAGGGGCUGUUGGGUGGUAUUUAACUGAGUGACCCGGCAAGGUUUCGGACAGAAUGCCAUUUUGCCGCGGAGCACGUUCCUAGCCUUUAGAUCGUAGAUACAGGGCAAAAAGCAGCUACGGACAGCUGUUGGGAGGGUGACAAAGCCCAUACAUGGGUGCGGGUAUUCUAGGUUCCUGAGUCCUGGGUUUAGGACUCGGGCGUUUUUCGCAGGAAGGCCGUAUGACCGAGCAGGCGUGUGCGGAUGGUGGUAGGCGCGGAUCUUUGUAUGAGGGAGGGUAACGGGCAGAGGCUUAACAUAACUUUUGACGUAUGGGACAACUGGGAUGUCGCCGUUUGACGUGCGGCGGAUGCCCCGAGACUUGUUCGUUUUCACCGGAUGUGGAGGGGGCAUCCAGCGAGGAGGUCUAGGCCUCUGUUGGCACUCACCACAUGUUGGUUCGGACCCUGCCCAGGGGUCAAUUGCGGUAUCGAGUACCGGUCGGGGCGCUCAUGCAUUCGCGAGGCAUUGGUGUGGUGUGUUUCGGAUGAGGGCUACCCCUUGGUGGGCAGCGCUAAGGUGCUCUUUAGGUAGACGUUGUAAGCACUUAUCCGUUG